UUUUUUUUUUUUUUUCCCCUUUCCCUGCCUAAACUCUGUCAGUCUGUAAACAUUACCUGAGAAUUCCCCCAGCCGAAACGGCUGCCAGGGCAAGAAACUUCUUGUUAGAACUUUCCACCUCUCCGCCCCUCUCACCGUCCCUACCUCUGAGUCGCUUUUUCUCCUCCCAAGGAGGGCUUAUCUUUUUCCUCCCCCCCCACCUUUUUUUUCUCACCCGGUGCUUUGCAUCUGGGGAGAGGUCAUUUUAAGAGUGGCCAGGUGGAACGCCUCUCGUCUGCUGACUUUGUUUAUUUAUUAUUGUUUAGGGGUGUUUUCUUUUUCAAUUCCUGUUUUGCUCGGUCCGGGGAGUUUCGCCCCCUACCCGGCUCCGCCGCGCGGAGGAUGGUGUGGAAAUGGCUGGGCGCGUUGGUGGUGUUCUCUCUGCAGAUGAUCUAUCUGGUGGUCAAAGCAGCCGUGGGACUGGUGCUGCCCGCCAAGCUGCGGGACCUGUCUCGGGAGAACGUCCUCAUCACCGGCGGUGGGAGAGGCAUCGGGCGCCAGCUGGCUCGCGAGUUCGCAGAGCGCGGCGCCAGGAAGAUUGUUCUCUGGGGCCGGACUGAAAAGUGCCUUAAGGAGACGACAGAGGAGAUUCGGCAGAUGGGCACCGAGUGCCACUACUUCAUCUGUGACGUGGGCAACCGGGAGGAGGUGUACCAGACUGCCAAAGCUGUCCGGGAGAAGGUGGGCGACAUCACCAUCUUGGUGAACAAUGCUGCUGUGGUCCAUGGAAAGAGUUUGAUGGACAGUGACGAUGACGCUCUCCUCAAAUCCCAGCACAUCAACACCCUGGGACAGUUUUGGACAACCAAGGCCUUCUUGCCGCGUAUGCUGGAGCUGCAGAACGGCCAUAUCGUGUGCCUCAACUCCGUGCUGGCACUGUCGGCCAUCCCUGGCGCCAUUGACUACUGCACAUCCAAAGCCUCAGCCUUUGCCUUCAUGGAGAGUCUGACCCUGGGGCUGCUGGACUGUCCGGGCGUCAGUGCCACCACAGUGCUGCCUUUCCACACCAGCACGGAGAUGUUCCAAGGCAUGAGGGUCAGGUUUCCCAACCUCUUCCCGCCGCUGAAGCCGGAGACCGUGGCCCGGAGGACAGUGGAGGCCGUGCAGCUUAAUCGGGCCCUUCUCCUCCUUCCGUGGACAAUGAAUAUCCUCAUUAUCUUGAAAAGCAUCCUCCCACAGGCCGCACUGGAGGAGAUCCACAGAUUCUCAGGAACCUAUACCUGCAUGAACACUUUCAAGGGGCGGACAUAGAAGCUGGAGGCAAAAACACAAGGAGCACAAGGAGCCAUGGAACCCCAGGGGGCUGUGGCACCUGGGCACACGCCCUUGCACCUGUCUGCUGCCACAUGGCUGCUGGGUGACCAGGACCGCACCUGUUUCCAAGAGAGACUCUGGCAGCUCUCCAGGUCAGCUCCAGGACCUCUGCACAGGACUGAUGGGUGUAACUGACCCCCACGGGGAGGCAAGAAACCAGCCAGGAGCCACCUUGACACUUUUGUACAUUUCUAGUUCUGUAGAGUUUAUUGUUAAAUCGCUUCUCAAGUCUAACCAGCCUCAGCAGUGUGCAUAGACUAUUUCCGGGAGGGUCUGCCCCCAGCAGCUCUGCCUUGUCCUCCACAAGCCACUCACUCUCAGCUUGCUCAAACUGGUUGAACGGCAGGAAUGAAAAAUAAAAAAAGAGAUGGCUUUUG